AUGUUAGUAUGUGAGGUAGUCGCUGGUAAAGAUUUGGGAUUUGAAGCGGGAUUCUGCAGUUCUGUCGGUAUGUUCUCAAACGGAUACAAAAUCCUGUCGAGCUUUUUACUGGAGCUAACAAUGAGCACAUUCCUGUGCAGCGUUUAUCUUUUCACGUGUUCCGCCGGCGACGAUCACAGUGGCGCAGCUGCUGUUGCAGCAACACGGGCAGUGGUAACUUUUGUUGGAUAUUUCUCAAUAGGUCAGUCAGCAAAUUUGGCCAGAACCGUUGGAGUCUGCUCCUCGGCUUAUAUAUUUUUAUCAAUAUCGGAUGAAUGGAAACUUAUCUAUUUACCACUUCUAGCCAACACCGCGUCCGCGUUUAUCAGUGCCGUACUCUACUGGUUUGUUAUUGUGACGUUUUUUAACUAG